AUGGUGGAACCUAGGGAGGGAAACUGCACCAUUGUGAUGGAGUUCAUUCUCCUUGGAUUAUCAGAUGCCCCUGAGCUGAGGGUCUUUCUUUUCAUGGUGUUCCUUCUCAUCUAUGUAGUCACGUUUUUGGGCAACCUGGGCAUGAUUGCACUGAUUCAGGUCAGCCCUCGACUUCACACUCCCAUGUACUUUUUCCUCAGCCACCUGUCCUUAGUGGAUUAUUGCUAUUCCACAAAUAUUGUGCCAAAGAUGCUGGUUAAUAUUAUAAAUGAAGACAAAGCCAUCUCUUUCCUGGGAUGCAUGGUCCAGUUUUAUUUAUUUUGUGCCUAUGGAAUCAUUGAGGUCUUCCUGCUGGCUGUGAUGGCCUAUGACCGCUUUGUGGCCAUCUGUAAUCCACUGUUGUACAUGGUCACCAUGUCCCAGAAACUGCAAAUGGUGCUGGUUUCUAGCUGCUACCUCUGUGGGACUGUGUGUUCUCUUAUCCAUUUGUGUUUAGCUCUAGAGAUCCCAUCCUACAAAUCAAAUGUGAUUAACCACUUCUUUUGUGAUCUGCCCCUGCUGUUAUCUCUUGCUUGUUCUGAUGUCACUGUGAAUGAACUGUUGGCAUACAUUGUGGCCACUUUCAUUGAGAUCAUUGCCAUUGUGGUUAUAUUUACCUCCUACUUGUUUAUUCUCAUCACCAUCCUGAGGAUGCGCUCUGCAGAGGGAAGGCGCAAAGCCUUUUCCACCUGUGCCUCCCACCUCACAGCCAUUGUUGUCUUCCAUGGGACAAUCCUUUUCACUUAUUGCCGUCCCAGUUCUGGCAACAGUGUGGAUGCUGACAAGGUGGCUGCAGUGUUCUACACUGUAGUGAUUCCCAUGCUGAACCCCCUGAUCUAUAGUCUAAGGAACAAAGAUGUGAAAGAAGUUCUCAGAGAAGUGGUGAGCUCCAAAAUAUUUUCCCAGAGAAUAUUUCAAAGUGGAGGCUGGUGGAGAGAUGAAUUUGUGAGCUGCAGUGUUCAAGUGGAGAGGACAGCCAAAGGGUAG